AUGCUCACAAAUUGUGCCUCUAAGCUUCACGAAAUAUCAGGUGAUAAACAUAUCAAGGAUUUGUUAGGUUUAGUUAUUGAAAAUCACCAUAAAAUUGUAAGCAAUGUUACUAAAUGUUGGAAAGUUUUGUACCCAGCGUAUCUAUCGUCAAGCUUUGCUAUAUUUCUUAUCUUAACCUUUCUUACUUCAGCUAUUUUUUCGGGCCUAAAAGAAUACGUAUUUGUUAGCACCUAUUUGGUACUUAUCGGUUGUCUAACCGUUGGAUUUAUUAUAUCUCACGCAUCUCAAUUAGCUGAAGAUACAAAUGAAAAUUUCUGUCUGACUUUGUACAGUUUAAAAUGGUACCAUUGGGAUAGAAUCAAUAUGAAAACAUUUUAUAUAUUUUUAACUUUAGCGAACAAACCUCUAUGCAUGAAUAUUACUGGCGAAAUUAAAACUAAUCACGAAUAUUUCAAAAGUUUUGCACAAAGUUUACAGAAAAUUGUGUUGAAAGAGAACCUGAGCAAUAUAAAUCUACUAACUAAACACGAUCACGACCCCACCUAUAGAGCGAGCUGUGCAUUUAGAAAUUGUAGAGAUGAAAUAUGGGCAGCAUGUGAAAGAAGUUCUGAGUUGCUUUGUUGGGAACAUUUCAUCAACAACGAAACCUGUACUGAACAUGUUGACAACGUUUCUUCCGAAAAUGAGGAAAAUGUACCGCCAAUUUUGCCUUCCAAAGGUAUGAGAACUAACUUAGAGAUUCGCAGAAGAAAUGCUGUGGAUGGAGAGCAAAGGGAAGUACCCUUUGAUAAAGUGAGAAAGGGCAAUAAAAAGAAGAUCGCACAUGACAAGAGAAUAGCGGGAGAAGCUUAUUUCAGUAGCACCUCUGGAAAGGCUGUAUUGGCUAAAGGGAUGAAACCUCGUUGUAGAAUUGAAAAAUGCAAGAGUUAA